CGGCCUUGACCUUUUUGCUAAGAAGCACCUUGCUGGCGUUCAUCGGUUCGGUUUAGAGUUGGAAUUGAAAGAAAUUACGGACAAUGCCGCCCAUUGAGGGUACCCCGAUGGCGGUUGUGCCAGAUGUUAGCUCAAACGAAGAAGCUGCAGUAGCUAAACCAGUCAUCGGAAUAAUUUAUCCACCUCCUGAAGUGAGGAAUAUUGUUGAUAAGACGGCCAGCUUCGUAGCCAGAAAUGGUCCAGAGUUUGAGAGCAGAAUUCGUCAGAAUGAAGUCAAUAAUCCUAAGUUCAAUUUUUUGAACCCUGCUGAUCCUUACCAUGCCUACUAUCAACACAAAGUCAAGGAGUUCAAGGAAGGCAGAGGACAAGAACCUACAGCUCCCAAGUUUGGUGGUCAGUCAAUGCCAGGACUACAGAAGCCUAUGUUGGAGCAGGCCCGGAUCAUUGAUAUCCCUAUCAUACCCACAGAACCACCACCAGAGUUUGAGUUUGUUGCUGAUCCUCCGUCUAUUUCAGCUUUUGACCUGGAUGUAGUCAAGUUGACUGCCCAGUUUGUUGCCAGAAAUGGACGCCAAUUCCUUACCAAUCUGAUGAACAGAGAGCAGAGGAAUUAUCAGUUUGACUUCCUCAGACCACAGCACAGUCUCUUCAAUUACUUCACCAAACUUGUGGAGCAAUAUACCAAGAUCUUAAUUCCUCCAAAAGACUUGCUCGAACAGCUCAAGUCCGAGAGUGAUGACUAUCACAAGGUGCUGAACCAAGUGAAGUACCGCGUGGAGUGGGCCAAGUACCAGGAGAGGGAACGAAGGAAGGAAGCAGAAGCUAUAGAGAGAGAAAGAGUGGCCUACGCCCAAGUUGACUGGCAUGACUUUGUAGUGGUAGAAACAGUGGACUUCCAACCCAGUGAACAAGGUAACCUUCCACCUCCGACCACACCCUCAGAAGUGGGAGCUCGUGUGCUGGCCCAGGAGAGAAUAGACAGAGGAGAGGUGGAUGAGGGAGAAGAGAUGGAGGUGGAGUCCGACGAUGAAGACGAAGUGGAGAUAGAGAAGAAUGUUGGAAAGGCAAGACAGGGAGAGAUAGAGCUACAGGACAUGGAUGAGUCUUCGUCAUCCGACGAGGAUGAAGGAGAAGACUUACGGGAAGUUGCCCCACCUCGGCCUCCGGCCCCUGCCCCUCCACCACCCCCACCACCCAGCGAGAUACCAGCCCCACCCCUCCCACCUAUGCCAGAUCAGGUGGUGGUUAGGAAAGACUACGACCCUAAAGCCAAGGCCCUGCCACCAGAUGAUACAUCGGACCAGUUCCUGGUGUCACCUAUCACUGGCGAGAAGAUCCCAGCCCACAAGGUCCAGGAACACAUGAGGAUAGGUUUGUUGGAUCCAAAGUGGAUCGAGGCACGUAAGAGGACCAUCACAGAGAAACGAGACCAAGAGGAGGUGUUUGCUCCAGGGUCGGCCAUCGAGAGCAGUCUGAAAAUGUUGGCAGAGAGACGUACUGAUAUCUUCGGUGCUGGUGUAGAGGAAACCCAAAUUGGUAAAAAGAUUGGUGAGGAGGAAAAGAAGGAGAAAAAAGUUGUGUGGGAUGGACACACAGCGUCCAUGGAGAAAGUCACACAGAAGGCUCGGGAGAAUAUCACCAUAGAGGAGCAGAUCGCUGUCAUACACAAAGUCAAGGGGCUCCUGCCAGAUGAGGAGAAGGAAAAGAUUGGGCCUGCCAUACCCAAACAGCCUCCACCACCAAAAGCUGCACCACCCCCUCCCCCUCCGAAGUCUCAGCCGCCACCACAGAUUCCCAAGUCAGCACCUGUACAGAAGAUGCCUCUCCGGCCGCCACAACAGCACAUGCCACAGCCUCUGAUGCAACAGCCUCGUGGUGGCCUGAUGGUGCUGCCACCAAGGCCACCGAUGCCACUAGGAAUCCAUCCUCAGAUGCACAUGCCACAACAUAUGAUGCCUGGCCCCCAUGGGCCUCCUCAUCCCCCAAAUUAUCCUCCCUCUCUGAUGGGCAACAGACCUCCUGGUCCCCCACACAAGAGUCACCACCCUCCGCCACCCUCAAUGGAGGACGAACCUAUGGCGAAAAAACAGAAAACGGAGGACCAACUUGUUCCAGAAGGAGAAUUUCUCAAGAGGAACAAGGGACCAGUCACCUUCAAAGUGGUCAUCCCAAAGGUCACCGAGAAGGCCGAAUGGAAGCUAAAUGGUCAGACAUUGUCCUUCACACUUCCUCUCACAGACACGAUCUCGGUAAUGAAAGCCAAACUGAACGAGAGUCUAGGGCUCCCAGCAGGAAAGCAGAAGCUACAACACGAGGGAAUUUUCAUGAAGGAUUCCAACACUCUGGCUUACUACAAUUUCUUGAAAGGAGCUACUGUUCAACUACAGUUAAAGGAAAGAGGAGGACGAAAGAAGUAGAAAAGUCCUCUACAGGAAACCAGUGCUUGUUUUCCAAACCAGGAUCCUAUUACGCAGUCUGGACCGCAGUUUUAGUAUAAAUAGAUGAGGGGAUAUUGGGAUACAUAUGCCAACAAAAGGCAUGUAAGAUAUGAUGUAAUUUUAAAUUAGAGGGAUAUUGAUAAUAAUUUAAUGUGAAAAUGAAUAUCUUUAAAACAAGAACUUUAUAUGUUGCUGAUAUAUAUACUGUAAAUGUGGUUAUUUUUGUGGGUGGUUAAUUUUGCGAUUUUUAUAUGUUAACUAUACCCAUAGGGGUGAUUUUCUCAAUCAAUCCAUCUUCGUUUGUAGUUCGAGACUACGCAAUUUGAUAUCAAAAUGAUGCGCAUGAAGGAAAUUUUCGUGAUCACAAGGACUCCGCGUUAUUAGCAAAAAUUUCCCGCACGCAUAAAUUUCAAUUUUUACAGUAGCUAUAAACAUGAUACUCUUACUAUCAGAACCCGACAUUUAGAUUUCACUCUACGUAUGUAGUAUUAUACAUGUGUAUAAUAUACAUUGAUGUUUGCUAUGUACCUGUAUAGAGGACAUUCUGGGAAAUAAGUUCAAUACAUACAAAUUAUCCUUUUGGUAUGCAUUAUUUCGUUUAUAAAUAUUAACAAUUCAUUGAUUUGUUAUAGUAGCUGAAUAUAUAGAAAAAAGUUGAUGAUAGGAGACUUUAAAUACCUAGGACCCAGCUUAGGUUUUGGGAUGUAAAUUCAUACCAAAUCUUAUUUAUUUUGGGUUAUCUGUAUGUGAUGGUAAAAUUGUUUGAAUAUUGACAGAAUUCUGUAUUUUUCAUUCAGAAGGACAGAAUAACAAUUAAGAUAUUUUGUUAUUAUAAUUAUAUUUUGUUUAUUUACAUUGUCCAAAGUUAGGUUACACGGCAAAGUAGUACUGUUGGUAGACUUAAUUUAUCUUUUGUAAAACUGAAUAGAAUAUUAAUUACUUUGUAUAUUAAAAUCCCUGGAUGUUUUGUAUCUCAUAUGUUUCAAAAGGAAUAAAUAAGACUUUAUCCAACUGUUUUUUCCCCCAAAACUUUGAAGAAGUUAUGAAUUGACAUAACGUGUCAAAAUCUGUUAAUGGUAUAGGUUACGGAGGAUGUCUUGCCUAAUUUAAUGCAUAGACACCAAGCUUAAUAUUCCAUCUACACAGCCAUUUGAAUAAUAAAUGUAAGUGUGUAAUUUAUGAGAUAUACUCACAAUGACCGCCCAAUAGAUGUGUACCUUGGCAUAUGUUUGUGGAACCUUGUUAGUUUUGUGUACAUGACUUGAUACGUAGGUACAUCAUGAAAAGGCGUUGUAAAUAAUGAUUAUCUGUGUAUUUUACCAAAUAUAGUUGCAUCAUUGUCUGAUUUGAGUUUGCUCUUUGACCUUGAAUUCCACUUUAGAUAUGCAUGUUUCCGAAACAUAUUUCAGCCACUGGACAUACUUAUGUAUAUAUGAAAAGAUGCUAAAAAUCCAUAAACUGUGACCACUAUUUGACCGUUACAUGGUCAGCUACCUGUUACUUAAAUUCACAUGAUAUAAUUAAUAAGAGAUAAAAAAGAAAUCCUCACCCCCUAGAUUUCAUUAUAUCUUUGCUUAUCUUGUGGCAUUGUAAAUAAAUAAAAUGAUUGGACAUUG